AUGAAUCUAACGCCGGUGUUUGUGGUAGCGAUCGUCCUGGGCAGUAGUGCCGCGUCUCCAUUAUUAGCCUUUGGAAAUCAGGACGGAGGCGGACUGCUAGGCAAGGUCGCCAACUUUAAGCAAACCGUGUACGAGAAGAAGCGCGAGCUGCUGAACGGCAUCAAUGAGAAGGUGUCGAAAAUGCUCUGGAUCCCACCGUUUCCAUCGACUACGACGGAGCAGCCAUCGGUGGAUUUAGCAUCUCCUCAACAAGAUCCCGUUUCCGAAACCGUUCCCAAUAUCUGGUGGUGGCAAACAACGCCCGAACCACCAUCAACUAGCCCGAUUACUAUUGAUCUACCGGUGUUUACUCCGGCCAUCGUGACCACUAGCCGUCCGGCAACUUCCACGAGAAGAUCGCAAGUGAACAACGAUCAACUCGUAUUCACGGUGGCCGACACGGACAACCUCGAGCUGCCGAAUGUUUUCAUGUACGCUCGCAGUGGUUUCAUUCCCAAGGAGCUGCUGCUCACGGACUCGGUCGAGUACUUGGAACCUGUUUAUGGACGUGGCCCACCUGCGGCUCCACGACACUUCAACGAUCAACUGAUAGUGCUGUAGUUGCUUCGUAAUAAAGGGCAUUGAUUUAUUCACUGAUCAACUUGCUCCGGUUCGUGUGUGGUUGAGCUUUCCCUAGACGAGCUAUCACUUUCGUUCGAUUCUUCCGAUGGUUCCGCAUUGGAGUUUACUCGCGGUGGUUGAGGGCUUACGGUGAAACCAGGCAUCGGCAGAACAGUCACCGUGACGGCAUGGUUACAUCCAACCAUCCCGA